AGCGGAGGCUCAGCCCGGCGCUUUCCUCCUGAGGAGAUGAGGGAGGCGCGGCUGGGCCGGAGCUAGCGCGACCCGCGCCUCAUCCCCGUUCCCAGCCAUCAUGAGGGAAGAGGGAGAAGUCGCAGCCCCCGCGGCCGCCUCCCACCACGGACCCAGCCGACCCCCGCAGCACUGCCAGCAGCUGGACGGCGGCGGGGCGGCUGCCCUGGCGCUGCCCGGCGGCGGACGCAGUCUGGAGAGCCUGCGGAACGGCUACGUGAAGAGCUGCGCGACUCCCCUGAGGCAGGACCCUUCGAAGAGCUUCUUUUCCCUGCUGCUGUUCCCAGCCGCCACCUUUUCCACCUCCUGCCGGGCUCUGCUCUGCCUGUGCGCCCUGACCGCCGUUGUCCUUUCACUCCUGGCCUUUCAAUCCUGGGACAGCGACGGGGGUCAGCAGGACGGGAGGAGCUGGCGGAACACCCGGGCUCUGCACGCCUUGCUGUGCCUGGCCCGCUGCCUCAGCCCCCUCUUCAGCAUCGCCUGUGCCUUCUUCUUCCUCACCUGCUCCCUGGCCGGUGGCAGGCGCGGGGAGCACGGCGGCGGCACGACCCGCUGGUGGCUGCUGGCGCUUCCCGUGUGCUGCUACUCUGGGGACUUCGUGGCGCUGCAGUGUCUGGUGCCCGCAGAGGGGCACGAAGAGGAGUCCCAGUCCCCCGCCGAGCAGCAGAUGGUCCUAGGCAGGCUCCUGACAGUGCUGGGCUCGGUGGCAGCGCUCACCCUGCUGCACAGCUCCCUGAAUUUGCGCCGGAGCCUUCUCGUCUUGGUCUUCUCCAGCUUGGUAUGGCUGGUGUCGCUCACCAGCCUUCCCUGCGUGUCCCCCGCCCUCAGACCGCUGCUGGCCGGCUCAGUCGGGGUGGCAGGCUGCCUCCUGGCACUCUGUGGCGGGGAGCACGGCAUCUCCCCUCAGAGACAAGGAGCGCACCACCAGCAUCAUCACCACUCACGGCUCCCCAGCGUGGAGGAAAAAGUGCCUGUGAUCAGACCCAGGAGAAGAUCUAGCUGCGUAUCCUUAGGGGAGACUUCAGCCAGCUACUAUGGCAGCUGCAAAAUGUUUAGGAGACCCUCGUUGCCUUGCAUUUCCAGAGAGCAGAUGAUACUUUGGGAUUGGGAUUUGAAGCAGUGGUACAAGCCCUGUUACCAGAAUGCUGGCAGUGGAAAUGGAGUUGAUCUUUCAGUACUAAAUGAGGCUCGGAGCAUGCUAACAGACCUCCUGACUGACCCAUCCCUUCCACCACAAGUGAUUUCUUCCCUUCGAAGCAUUAAUAGCUUGAUUGGUGCUUUCUCAGGCACAUGCAGGCCAAAGGCUAGUCCAUUCACACCAUUUCCUGGUUUCUUCCCCUGCCCUGAAAUAGAGGAUCCUGCCGAAAAAGAUCAAAAGCUGCUCAAGGGAUUAAAUAGCAGAAAUAGCCUGCCAACACCACCGCUGAGACGAACUUCAGGAGUUUCUGGUAUUCCAUCUGUGGAAUCAACAUCUAGAUGGGAACGAAGUAACAGCAAGAGAUCUCAUCAGGAAUAUAACACAUUAAGCCAAGGAUCUCAUUCAAAUGGAUCUUUUGGUGCAAAUAUGCUGACAAUACCAAAACAAAGAUUAUCUUCCAUGGCACUGGCUCAUCAUAUAGGUCCCAGACGAUCAGGUGCAUCUUCUGGCCCGAGUCCUGUGGGUUCACCUAGUCAUGGAUCUGUUUCCAGUGGGGCUUUCAGCUGCUGGUCACCUGUAGAAUUUCCUGAUACUGCUGAUUUUCUUACAAAACCAAGCAUUAAUAUACAUAAGCCUCCAGGAUACACAUUUAGUUCUCCAGAUUUUCAGCAGCAAGUUAAAACAUCUGUAGGUUAUAUGUGUAGCAGCUGUGGACGUCAGAUAUUCAAGCCUGUCCCAACGCCAGAACCGGAAUUUGCAGAGUAUAAAGACAGGAAAUCAGGUGAAAUUGGAAGUGCUAGUGUUUCAAAAGAAUCUUUCCACCAUACAGAGAAGAAAAAAGUUGAAACGAAGGAAAUGAUCGAUCAAACACAAAAUAAUCUGCUUGUGGAUCAGAGUCCUGCAUUAGAACUAAUGUUAUUAGACCAUGAUUCACUAAUGGAGAAAAUGAGCAACUGGAAUUUCCAAAUUUUUGACCUUGUACAAGAACUGGGAGCCCAGUCUGGAAGGAUCCUUAGCCAGGUAACUUACACCUUAUUUCAAGACACUGGUUUGUUUGAAAUUUUCAAAAUCCCAACUCAAGAAUUCAUGAAUUACUUCCGUGCACUAGAAAAUGGCUACCGAGAUAUUCCCUAUCAUAAUCGCAUACAUGCAACAGAUGUUCUUCAUGCAGUAUGGUAUCUGACAACACGGCCUAUUCCUGGCUUCCAGCAAAUUCCUAAUGAGCAUAUAAUGGAAAGUAAUAUGGAUGAAGCUAGUGGUACUUCUCCUGUUCAAGUCAGCUACAUUUCUUCAAAAAGUUGUUUUAUUGCUGAUGAUAGUUAUGGUUGUCUGGCAUCAAAUAUUCCUGCUUUGGAAUUGAUGGCUUUAUAUGUAGCAGCUGCCAUGCACGAUUAUGAUCAUCCUGGUCGUACAAAUGCUUUUCUAGUAGCUACAAACGCACCUCAGGCUGUUCUCUACAAUGACAGAUCAGUCUUAGAAAAUCACCACGCUGCUUCUGCCUGGAAUCUUUUCUUAUCACGACCAGAAUACAACUUUUUAUCAAAUCUUGAUCAUGUAGAAUUCAAGCACUUUCGUUUCUUAGUGAUUGAAGCAAUCCUUGCCACAGAUCUCAAGAAGCAUUUUGAUUUCCUCGCAGAAUUUAAUGCCAAGGUCAAUGAUAUCAACAGUCAUGGAAUAGAAUGGAGCAAUGAAAAUGAUCGCCUACUGGCCUGUCAAAUAUGCAUUAAACUGGCAGAUAUUAAUGGCCCAGCAAAAGACAGAGAGCUGCAUCUGAAAUGGACAGAAGGCAUUGUUAAUGAAUUUUAUGAACAGGGUGAUGAAGAAGCAAGUCUUGGAUUACCUAUAAGCCCCUUCAUGGAUCGUUCUUCUCCACAGCUUGCAAAACUGCAAGAAUCUUUCAUCACUCACAUAGUUGGCCCCCUUUGUAAUUCCUAUGAUGCAGCUGGAUUGCUUCCAGGCCAAUGGGUUGAUGAAGAGGACGAUGAAGAAAGUACUGAAGAUGAUGAUGGAGCACAGUUGGACAGUGAUGAUGAAGAAAUGGAACAUGAUCUUAUUUUCAAAGUUCAAAGAAAAAAAGGUAGACGAGUGUUUUGCCAGCUAAUACAUCAUCUCAGUGAAAAUCACAAAAUAUGGAAGAAAAUGGUUGAAGAGGAAGAAAAAAUAAAAGCUGAAGGAGCUAAACUGCUGAGUGAGAUCUCACCUUUACCUCAAGCAGAUGAAAUUCAGGUUAUUGAGGAAGCUGAUGAAGAUGAUGAGCGACAACUAGAAGACAAGACAUGCUAAGAAAUCUUCAGUGGUGUCCAGUAUGAUGAUAGUCUAUUUUUUUUUCCACUGUGCUGACUUUAGCCUGACACAUUUCACAUAAAAUUUGAAAGGCCUUAAUACUGUGAGAGGAUUCUUUCUACUCUAGUGGAAUCCCACUCCUAUGCACUUUUGCCACACAGAAUAUGAAACUUUAUUCAAAGAUUGAGUAUUGUAUACCCUGAUGCAAAGUUCUUUAUGCCUUAGUUGGUAUAAAAUAUCCUGAUAAAAUGCUGCCUUGCUGAAUAUGGAACUCAUUUUUCUUGAGGUACCUGCAAUUUUUAAAAGCAUUCAGUGACUUCUGUUACCAAAGUGGCAAGAACUUUUCGCUAACAAGGAAAUUUAGGAUGAAUCCUAAUAUUGUCUUGAGUUGUUUAUUUCAUGUUGGUUUUGAACAUAAAUGAGAAAAAGUCUGUGCCUCUAAGAAAACUAUGUUAUCAUUGCAGUGCAAGCCUGUUGUGGGGUGUCUACUUAGUGCAGUAGUGUGCUUAAUGUAGUCACCUCAGCACCUGUUCAAUGACUGUGACAUAAAUGCUGAGUUCUGACAUUUGUGGUUUAAAAAAACAAUAAUAAUCCAGGUGCAUCUAUUUCUGAUGCUUUUUAUUAUUGUGCAUAACCUGAUGUUUUAUUUUUGCAGAAAAUAUUAAGGUUUGCAGUGGGUGUUCAUGAUAAUUCGUCAAAUACAAGGCCGUUAUCAUCUGUUGCCUUGUUGUUUUGUGGUAGAACAUUAAAAACCUUUUCUGCUACUUAAAUUAUUAAGGAAUUUUAUUCUUUAAGUCUAAUGCUAUAUUUCCUGCCCUUACUCAGGUUCCUGUUUAAAAACAAGUCAACCACAUUGUAGAUUUUUACCUUGCACCAAUUUCCGGUAUUAAAUUUUAGGGAAAUAAGAUUGUAUUUCAUUUACUCUUUAUAUGUAAAACUUUAGGAGAAUUAAACUUUAAAAAAAAAAAAGAAAGAUAAACUACUGUUUCAAAAUGGCUAGUGUAUUUUAAUGUGCCCUGCAUUAUAUUGCUUUCAAAUGGAAAGCAGUUGGUGAAAACUGCAUGUAAAGCCUAAUAGUAAGAUAAACAUCACUGUCUUAUAUUAAAUUUUAGAUUGUUGAGUUUUUAAAUAAAACUUAGACAUUCCACACAUGUAUUUUUAGAAUCACUACCAUUGUAGUCUAAAUAAUAAGAAAAAAAGGCAUAAAUUUGGCUACAGGUAUGCAAGCAAGUUACAAACUAAACUAGUUUUAAAAGUGCACCUUUUAGUACUGAACUUUUAUAGGUUGUGCAGUCGAAAUGAAUAGAAACAAAUGCAAUUCCUAAACUUAGCAUAUUUGUGUUUACAUUUAAAACAGUGGACUUGAAAAAAAGAUAACAAUCCUAAGAAAACCUUGUGUAAAUUGUAUUGCACUAUGUUACACAAACAAAUUUUUAUUUUGCUCUUUGAUUGGCCAGUUUAAAUAACUGAAAGGAAUUCUUUUUUUAUUAUUAUUAUUUUCUACUAAUAAGCUUUUUGUUCAUCCAUUUAGAAGACCACUGAGAUGUGCUUUUGCUAUUUUAUAUAUUCAGUGCCAAAUCCCCCUUUGCUGCCAUUAUUACUAUCACUGCAUUUUUUGUAACAUAAGCAGUGUUAAAAAACAGGUAUUUCUGUCAUUAAUAAAAUGUUGCACUACUGAAGCUGGCACUUACUGAUCAUUCACUUGUAUUUUACUUAUCUUGUUCGUAUAUUUUCCUCACAGAUAAUUUGAAGUCUACAGAAAUUAUGCUUGUUUCAGUAUGCUGUUUUGUCAGCAUUUUGUGUGUAGAUUUUGUGUUUGUGUAUAAAAAAAUUCACUUUAUAACUGUUUAGUUUCAUUCUACUUUAACUGAAAAAAGAUGCAAAUGAGCUUGUCUGAAGUUACUGCUAUAUUAUUCUACAUAACAGUUUUCCAUUUAGUUUCCUUUUAAAAAUGAAUAUUUAAAACUAAUACAAAGAAAAAAUAAGAAGGUAAAAAUAACAUUUUAUCUAUUACCAAAGCAUUGGCAGCAUUUAUAUCUGGUGACAACUUUGCCAGCAACUUUUUUAUCUCAGAGUUUCCUUAAACUCUUUAGAAAUACUGAAGCAAUUUUAAAAUUCAGAAAAAAGUAGCAAAACUCAGUGUUUAUUUAAUAAAAUGUAGUGCUGAUACAUAUUUCCAGUUAGAUAUUUUCAAGUUACAAUACCUUGCUUCAAAGAUACAUUUAAUUAUUAAUGUAUUCAGAAUCCACCUUAAAAUAUUUAUUUCUGUAUACAGAAUAUAUAACUAAUUGGUACUCUACGAGCAAGUAGAAAAGAAUGUACAAAUGUUAUCAAAGGUUGGUUCAGAGCAUGUUUGCAGAAGUGGAUGUAACAGUAGCUAAAGGUGUCUUACUUGUUCAGAAAUAAUAAUGGAAGGUCAAUUGAAUGUUGGCUGAGCUGUUGUCAACAAUAAUACAUCUCCAUAUAAGGCA